AUGAUUCGAAACAAAAGAUCUAUAAGGUUCGAAGCUUCAUGAAGCAGUGUUUAAGCGACCAUCACUCUCAUUUCAGCUUACUUCGUGGACUUAUUGAGCAUUGCCUUCAAAUUAUCCAGACCCUGAUUUGGGAUGCACCAUGAGAAGCAACUCCUUAAUUUGGAUCCAACCACCUCAGUUUCGCGUCAGCCACCCCUUUAUGUAGGUUUCGUUUGUUUGUUGUUUCUUCUGUCGGACAAUGCCAGGGGGUUUAUGAACGGCGUUUACAGUCAGAGAUCAAGAAUUAAACCCCUAACCUUAUCGAUGACAUCUUUAUUAAAUCCACAACUAAAGCAGCAUGAAGACGAUAUAUUUACUCUUUAUGAUUUUCGGUGUGUUUGGUGAUGAAGUGAAGUCAGUGUCAGUGUCAGUGAUGGAGGGAGAUUCUCUUACUCUACACACUCAUCUUACUGACACACAGGCAGAUGAUGUGACAGUGACAUGGACAUAUGGGGCUCAAAAAACUCAUAUAGCUCAAAUCAAUAGAGAAGCCAAAGAAACAUCCAUAUAUGAUGAUGUUCUUGAUGGGAGAUUCAGAUACAGAGUGCAGCUGGAUGAUCAGAAUGGAGAUCUCACCAUCACAAACAUCACAACUCAACACACUGGAGAUUAUGAAGUAGAGAUCACUGUCAGAAGUAAGAUUAUACAAAAGAGUUUCAAGGUUACAGGUAUGUCUGGUGCAGGUGGAGUGAAGUCAGUGUCAGUGAUGGAUGGAGAUUCUGUUAGUCUACACACUGAUGAUCUUGAUAUCAAGAAAUAUGAUGUGAUACGGUGGAGAUUUCAACAUGAAAACUCUCCUCUAGCUGAACUCAACAGAAACACUGCUCUCUUUUCUACAUAUGAUGAUGUUCUUGAUGGGAGAUUUAAAGACAAACUGCAGCUGGAUGUUAAGACUGGAGAUCUCACCAUAAGAAACAUCAGAACCAGACACUCUGGACUUUAUGAAGUAAAUAUCACCAGCACCAGCAGCAAUUAUACCAUACAUCAGUCAUGCACAGUUGCUGUCAGUGGUGAAGUCAAGUCAGUGUCAGUGAUUGAGGGAGAUCCUGUUACUCUACAGACUCAUCUAAAUGAAAUACAGAGAGAUGAACUGAUAGUGUGGACAUUUUUACCUGAUGACUCUCAGAUCGCUCAAAUAUAUAAACUUAAUAAUCUGUUCAGAACGUAUGAUGGUGAGGAAGGGAGAUUCAGAGACAGACUGAAGCUGAAUGAUCAGACCGGAGAUCUUACCAUCACAGACAUCAGACCUGAACACAUUGGAGUUUAUGAAGUGAAGAUUAACAACAGAAGACGAUCCAUUCAGAGGAGAUUCAGUGUUCAUGUUAGUGGAGGUCUGUCUUCAGGUGGUAUAGCAGGAAUAGCUGUUUUCUUCCUCCUACUUAUUGCUGCUGCUGCUGUUGCUCUGAAUUACUUUACCCGCAAGAUUUCUGAAUUACAAAAACAACUGGAUAAGAAGAUGACAGUGGAGACGGGACAUUGUGCUGUUCUACACACUAAUCUGAAAGAACUUAAGGCAACUGAUAAGAUUAAGUGGAGAUUUGAACAAGAUGCAGAGAUGAAAAAUGCUGUGAUGCAUUGGCCAUGGAGAUAUGUAGGUACUCUCAUAGCUAAACAUGAUGAACAAGGCCACAACACUUAUGAUUUUCCUGAUGAGGGAUUCAGAGAAAAAAUGAAUCUGGAUCGUGAGACUGGAGGUCUCUACAUCAGUGAUGUCAGUAAUAAACACUCUGGAGUUUAUCAACUAAAAAUCACUAGCGGUGGAGAAACCUCAUACAAGAGAUUCAUUGUGUCUGUCAUAGAAAGAAUUGUAGUAGUAGAUAAGGGAGACUAUGUCCCUCUGAAGACUGAAGUUACUGACAUAAAGAGAGAUGAUCUGAUAGAGUGGAGAUUCGGAGAAACUCUCAUAGCUCAAAUCAAUCCUGCAAACAAGAUCUUCAGUACAUAUGAUGGUGAUAAAGGUCGAUUCAGAGAUAAACUGACGCUGAAUCAUCAGACUGGAGAUCUCAACAUCAGUGACAUCAGUGAGGAACACAAAGGAGUUUAUAAACUGAAAAUCAUCAGAAAUGGAGAAACCUCAUACAGGAGUUUAUAUGUGUCUCUCUAUGGUGAAGGAGAAGAACUGGAAGUGAAUGAAAGAGAAUCUGUCGAUCUGAAGACUGAAGUUCAUGACAUACAGAAAGGUGAUCUGAUAGAGUGGAGAUUUAGAGAAACUCUCAUAGCUCAAAUCAAUCCUGUCAACAAUAUCUGCAGUACAUAUGAUGGUGAUUAUGAUGAUGAUGAAUUCAGAGAUAAACUGAAUCUGAAUCCUCAGAAUGGAGAUCUCACCAUCAGUGACUUCAGACAGAAACACGCGGGAGUUUAUAAACUGAAGAUCAUCAGUGAUGGAGAAACCUCAUACAAGAAAUUCAUUGUGUUUGUCAUAGGUGAAACAAAAACAUUGUUCAAGUUAGAGGGAGACUCUGUUGAUCUGAAGACUAAUCUUAAUGACACGCAUACAGUUGAUCUGAUAGAGUGGACAUUUGAAGAAACUCUCAUAGCUAAAAUCAAUCCUUCCAAAAAUAUCUUCAGUACAUAUGAUGGUGAUGAUGAUCUAUUCAGAGAUAAACUGAAUCUGAAUCGUCAGACUGGAGAUCUCAACAUUGCUUACUUCACAUUGGAACACCGUGGAGUUUUUACACUGAAGAUCAUCAGAGAUGGUAAAACCUCAUACAAGAGAUUCAAUUUGGUUUACGUAGGUGAAAUAGAAGAACAGCAUGUGUAUAAAGGAGAAUCUGUUGAUCUGAAGAUUAAUCUUACUGACAUAAAGCGAGAUGAUGUGAUGGUGUGGAAGUUUAGAAAAACUCUCAUAGCUGAAUUCAAUCCUGCCAACGAUAUCUUCAGGACAUAUGAUGGUGAUGAUGAUCUAUUCAGAGAUAAACUGACGCUGAAUCAUCAGACUGGAGAUCUCAACAUCAAAGACAUCAGAGAAGAACACAAUGGAGAGUAUAUACUGAAGAUCACCAGAGAUGCAAAAAACUCUUGCAGGAAAUUUGAUGUCCUUAUCAAUGGUGAAAAAGAAGAUCUUCAAGUGUAUGAGGGAAAAUCUGUCGAUCUGAAGACUGAAGUUACUGAAAUACAGAAAGUUGAUGUGAUAGAGUGGAGAUUUGGAGAUAAAGAAACUCUCAUAGCUGAAAUCAUUCGUGCCCACAAUGUCUUCAGAACACAUGAUGGUAAUUAUGGUGCAUUCAGAGAUAAACUGAAGCUGAAUCAUCAGACUGGAGAUCUCAACAUCAAUGACUUCAGACAAGAACACUCUGGAGUUUAUACACUAAAGAUUAUCAGAGGAGGAAAAACCUCAUACAGGAGAUUCUUUGUGCUUGUCAAAGGUAAUGUAGAAGUACUGCGAGUGAAUGGAGAAAAAUCUGUCAAUCUGAAGAGUGAAGUUAAAGACAUACACGGAGAUGAUGUGAUAGAAUGGAGAUUUAAAGGAACUCUCAUAGCUGAAAUCAAUCCUGCCAACAAUAUCUUCAGUACAUAUGAUGGUGUUGAUGAUCUAUUUAGAGAUAAACUGAAGCUGAUUCGUCAGACUGGAGAUCUCAAAAUCAAUGACAUCAGAGAAGAACACACUGGAGAUUAUACACUGAAGAUCAUCAGAGAUGGAGAAACAUCAUACAAGAGAUUCACUGUGUGUCUAAUAACUUCCAGAGGAGAAUAUUCAGUGGAGAAGAGAGGAGGAGAUUCAGUGGGGAUAGAGAUGCCGUUGUUGCCUAAAAGCACUUCCAGAGGAGAAGAUUCAGUGGAGAAGAGAGGAGGAGAUUCAGUGGGGAUAGAGAUGCCGUUGUUGCCUAAAAGCACUUCCAGAGGAGAAGAUUCAGUGGAGAUAGAGAUGCCAUUGUUGUGUAAUAGCAGUCAAUAGCAUUGAUCUUCCUCAAAUGUAACCUCAUGAACAUUACAAACACAUCAGCAUUACAAACACAUCAGCAUUACAAACACAUCAGCAUUACAUCACUUAAAACAGUGGUUCCCAACCUUUUUUGUUUCAAGGACCCGUAUUUGCCAACAACAAUAUUUGAAGGCCCCCCCCCCAAUCACUCAAUUCUUUCCACAUAAAAUUAAAUAGAACAUGGAAUGACUAGACAGAUGUAUAUUCGCUACUAAAAUGGCCAAACCAAUUAGAGACAUCUUGAUUUUUGCUUGUUUUUUAAUGCUCAUCCAAUUUUAAUUCGAUGCUCAUCCUGAGGCCCUCUUGGAAAUCUGCUGAGGCCCCCCGGGUUGGAGAAAACUUACCUACAACAUCACUCAUACAUCAAUCAGUUUAAACAAUCCACCUGUAUGUGCUGAUGUAAAUGGACUGCAUUUAUAUAGCGCUUUCAAAAAACCAAUGGACAUCCAAAGCACUUAACAAAUUGCCUAACAUUCCCCAUUCACUCACUCAUUCAUACACCGAUGGAGGUGUCAGCCAGGCAAAGUGCCAUCCAGCUCGUCGCAGCUGGGUUAGGUGUCUUGCUCAAGGACACUUCGACACUUGGUCAGGUGGAGCUGGAGAUUGAACCACCAACCUUCCGAUUUGUAGACAACCUUCAUGAACCACUGAACCACUGCCGCCCCAUCAGAAGAAUGUUUCAGAAGAGCCAAAAGAAGUAAAUUAAAAGAUAAGUAUAUUAUAAAUAUAAUAAAGGUCAAUGAAAUGAAAGAGGAUGGAACACAGUUGAUGUUCACACUUAUCUACAGAUAAACUCUGAUCUUUGUUAAAACAUAAAUAUUAGAUUUCAUAUCUGUUACUGGAUGCAAAAAUUGUGUACCGCAUGUAUUAUUUACUGUUUCAUACAACUAAUACAGUGUUAUAAAGACAAAAGCAUAAAUAUUUCAUGUAUAGCUAACAUUUGUACUACAGCAGCAUUUCACUGACUGAUGUUUGUCUUUUUAUUGAUAUUAGUUGACAUCAAAACUCUCUGCCCCUUUGUCCUAGUAUUCAUACAAAUACUAUUCAUACAUAGGAUUCAUACCUAGUAUUCCUUUCACUCAUAUAUAUUAUGCAAAACAAUGAAUGGUUUAAAGUAAAUGUGGCCAAUCACAACCUACUGGUAAGCUGGCCAAUCGGGGACACAGCACUUUUCAGAUCGAUAAGCUUUGUACAAAAUCAGAACGUUUGAGAAAGGUAGGGAUAUCUGGAUCACCGAAAGUGUACUGUAUGUGGUAAAUAAAGUUAUUGAACCAUAAACCAUGCAAACACAUUGUAUACCAAAUACACAAAAUAAUAUUGUUUUUAGCAACGAAAUAGGUGUUUUUUAAAGUUUGGUUGAAACGCUGAGCUUGUCAAUGUUACUCUCACCCAGCCAUUGAAUCAUAGUGGAGAAAGGGCGGAACAAAUAUCACAACAACUAACGAGUGAUAACCAAAGCGUUCAGCUAAAAUAAAGUUAUCAGGUGCCUACAGUCAGCAUCUGCCUAAACCACACCUCUUGGUAGCCUACUCUGCUCUGAUUGGUCAACUGACACAGUCCAACAAUAGUGCAACAUGCAUUGACCUAGUGCUAACAUGACUUACUGACAAAAUAUUAAGAGUUUAAAAUUGACAGCAAUACACAUCAUUCAUCAUGAUUUAUAAAGUUAUAAAAACGUUUAAGCAAGUAUGUAAGCUAACUGGGCCAUAGCAAGACAGUGCUACAUGCUUUAGCACAGUAAACAGUAGUGCAACAUGCUUUAGCUGCUUGCUAGUGCAAUUUACUGACAAGACAUUACAGUAAACUAGACAUUCAGAACAAACACGAUAUAAUAAUCAUACUUACAGGUUGUGUUUAGGAGAUGCAUGUUGUUCCAAAAAAGUUGGUAUUAAAUAAUAAAUCCUGCCUUAAAAAGGUAAUUUUAACCACUACUGGUUUAUCGUACCUUCGUUCUUUUGUAUUGAAAACAACACAAACUUGCCUUUAUAGCUGAAAACACAGCGCCUUCUCAACAUGAUGUUUACACACUAACUAGCUGAAGUGUCUGUGGGCAGGUCCGGGUUUUUGUUUCCCAAGGGCAAGACUGUAGGCGGAGGUUAUUAUGCAAAGUGUUUGUAUCUACGUAGACAGACAGGGAAUUCAAUACAUAUAACGACUCGUUUCAGCAAUUCAGAGUCGACUCUGCUUUAGAAGCCAAUAACUUUAUUCAGAGGCGUCAUGCCCAUUCAAACUGAGGGGGCACGGGGUCGCCGUGAUUUCACCAAGAAGAUGUGAUCCUGGAUCAACAUUUUUUGUUGAUCCUGGAUCAACGUUUUAAUCAAAGAUACCCCGACCUACCCUUAACUCAAACCCUAACCAUUUUUAAACCCUCAAAUUGGUGUGAAAAAAUAGUUUGAGGAGUAUUUCUUAAAAGCCCCUAACCCAAUCCUUAACCUAAAUCUAACAUACACACUAAUCCUAAUCCUGCAAUCUGAUUGGUUAAUGAAAAUGUUGUUCCAGGACCAACAAUGGUGUUGAUCCAGGAUCACAUCUUACUUGGUGAAAUCACGUUCACCGGGGGCACGUGCCCCCUUGGUUUUUUGAGCCAAAUGGAUUUUGCAUGCAACCUCAAAAUCAAAGAAGCGUUCAUUUAUCUGUUAUUUGACUUUUAAUCUGUUUAAUAUGCACAAUAUUAUCAAUUCUGUGCUGCAUCCUUGUCACUUUUUGGAGAUUUAUCUUUUGCAGCGAUUUUUGUGUGAGCAUAUCAGUGAACACCCCUGACCACUCGGUGAGUUUCACGUCUUUGUAAACGAAAGUUUAAUGCAUUUUAGGAAGGAUUGUUCCAGUGCACCUAUAGACACAUUGUAAAGGUGGGAGGUGAAACAACGAUCACCCAAAAUUCUCGGGGCAGCCGCAUAUGUCGACAUUUCAGUAAAAACCGUUCCAUUUCAUCAUAAACAAUCUGAAAACAGGGCUUUAAGUGUAAAAUACCGAACUUGUCCUUUAACUACUUUGCACAUCAUUUACAUUAAUGGGCAGCUACAUGAUACACUGCAAUACAGUUAAUUUUCGAUUUUUUAUCUGUCUGGCAUUUUAACUGUUUUAUAGUGUAGUUGUGUUCUUGUAGUUUAAUUGAUGGCAUGUGAUGCUAGCAGCAGCCUUAUGUUUAAUAUCUGUUUCAUUGGUUUAUCAGUGAAUAUAAGCAGAUACACCAAAAAAAUAAAUGUUUCUAAAAGUGUAAGAGCUGCAAAAAAAAUAAUUCCUGUGGCUAAAAUGCUCUGAUUAGAGCUGAUACGCCUUAUAGACAAAGUAAACAAACUGCAUAAGGCCCGAACAACUGAGGGGCCCCUUGCUCUUAACUUGAUGUGGCGCUGCGCAGACCGAAUUCGCUUGUGACAUCACUUUGCCGUGAGUGCCAUUCUAGAUAUUAACUCGCUAUGUUAAUUUUCAUCUUUUCUGGGAAUGCACAUCUCUGUUUUGUAAGGAAUUACUUUUUUUGUAUAUUUUUCAUUGUUACAAAAAUUUUAUUUGGUUGUUAUUAUUUUGACAAUCUUGUAAAGGCUCAGUAUUUUUUAUUUGAUACAUUUAUUUGAUACAUUUAUAAAGUCCACAAAUUCAGCUCAUGUAACUCUAAAGAGAGAAAGUGUUUGUGUUGAAGAAUCUAGAAAUCAGAUUGUGACGAUUCAGGGUUCCACUGACUUAUAGAUUCUGUAUAAGACAGCUUUGUUUUGUUUUUUUAUUAAGGGGCUGUCCACACGGAGACGCGUAUCACCGUAUACGUAUAAAUUUGUUAUCGUAUUGGCGUUUUAUCCACACAGAUCUGGCGUUUUGGGAGACUGAAUCCGCUAUUUUUUGAAACCGGGUCCUAAAGUGGAUAAAUCUGAAACCGACAUCCUUGCGGUUUCGUCUGUACAGCCAAUCCGUAUAUUUUGUGAAGUGGAAACGUCAUCACAUCACGUGUCGGAAGCGUCACACGUAACAGCAACAACAAUAACGGCGGACUACGUGAUUGUGUUCGUGCUACUGAAGCUACUAAAGCCUACUAGCUUUAUUACAGCAAAAUCUAUUGCUUCUAUGCAAUUGUGGUGACCAACAAGCGAUAAUGGACAACACCAUACGUUGGUUAUGUGCAUGCUCAAAGUCUUCUUCUCCGUGUACAGUGUAUAUCUGUGGCAGAAUUACAGCGCCCCAUACUGGUCCGGCAUAUAUACUACACCGCUUUCAGUGGUUUCGUGUUUACGGAUUAUUUUUUUAGAGCAAGGAAAAAAAUUAUCGGAUGGGGAAUGCACCGGCUUCGUGUGGACAUAGCCCAAGUUUUUCACCAAGUUUAUUAUUUAUCUUUAUUUAAGUAUUGACAAAUGUUUAUAAUCUAAACUCUGUGACUUGCUGAUAACAUAAAUUAUAUUAUUUGAAUAUUAGAUGGUCAUGCUUUUUAUGUUGAAUAUUUUCUUAUUAACUUGUGCAAGUUAUAUGUCACAGAAAUAUCUGUUUGUUUUCAAACCAUAAUGAAAAGGUUACAAUGAACAAAUUGCUGGAGACAGCACAUACAGUAUACAUAGGUUUCCUGUUUAAAACAUUACAGGGUGCAUGCGCAUCAUAGAAGCAGAAAGCCUGAUUGUUGAGCUGGUCCUCUACUGCAACAACCUUAAGUAUUGAAGCUUUCUUUAUUGUUUGUAUGUAACUGCUGAAUAAAUAAAACAUGAUUUUAGUUGGA